AUGGUACCCGGAGUGGUGUACAAGUACAGAACAGCAGCAACACUCUCACAAUUCAAGAACAGCAGUAACAAGAACAGCAGCAACAAGAAAAACAGCAACAAGAAAAACAGCAACAAGAAAAACAGCAACAAGAAAAACAGCAACAAGAACAGCAGCAACAUGGAUCCAACCAAGACAAUCAAAGACGAAGCCAGCAUCCUCACCAUGGAUGAUCAGAAGUCCAGCAAGGAUGGCCCUCGCCAACGCCUCUCAGUCAGGUCCUCAAAAUUUGAUCGUGGCAACAAGGGAUUCCUGGAUGAUGAAGAACAGCUACUUGUUAAGUACGAUGCCAACGGUGAUGGCAGGAUCGAUGCUGCAGAACUCUUCAGCAUUGUGGAAGAUCUGAACAAGGAGAAGCAGAAGAAGAAGGGCCUCAAGAAGGGACUUGGCUUGUCUUUGGUGGCAAUCCUAUUGCUCCUCACCAUGUCUUUUGGUCUUGUCUGGGCAGUCGUGGCCCUCACCAAAGAGGUUGUGGUUGAUGGCAGUGGACACUUGGUGGACUCCCAUACUGGCAAUGUGGUAGAGACCAGGCCUGAGGCCAGCUUGAUUCACCUCAAGGCGGAUAGUGGUGUUGCCCGCAGGUUUCUCAUGAGGAAGCUACAAGAUUCAGUUGGUGGUGGUUUGGACAGGUCCGAUGAGCUAGAUGGAGAAGGAAGGCAGCACCUGGGAACUGCUUCCAAGAGUGGAGUACACACAGCCUACAGACGAUUCCAGGAGAAUUCGGAGCAUUGCAAUGCUGUGGUGACUGUGAAUGGUGUUGAGUACACCCGCCCCCUUAACCUUGCUGGGAUCAGCAGGAAAGAGGAGGAUGCGGACAGGAGGAAGCUAGGUGGUGAUGGUGGAAGUCCCCCCAGAAAGUUGCUUUACCAAGGCAUCUACAUGGAAUCUGAUCCAGACCAAGAGUUUCGGCUGGAUUGUGAGGAUGAAGAAGAUGACUGCACUGUGUUCUCUGUUGGGCGCUUUCAUCCUGGAUCACCAUCUAACCGAAGAUUGGCCUAUAUUGGUAAAGACCAAUGCCAAGACAAUGAUGGUUGCAAUGGUGACUUUACCUGCGAUACUACCUGGGGAGACAAUAGAUGCACAUGUAAUGAAGACACAGAUUGUGAAUACCUUAUUGAGAGUGGUGGUGCUCACUACGCUUACCGACACUACAGUCCUAUUGAUUCUCAAUGCACAAGUGGAAAGUGCUACACUUACUACAGCUGCUUCUCCGCCUCCAUGACAACCAUGACACCAGAUGGUCCCAAGAGAAUGGAUGAGCUCAAGAUCAAUGACCUGGUGUUGACUUCCUCUGGCCAGUUCCAAAAGGUAUAUGCUUGGCUCCACAGGACACCUGAGAAGGUUGCUGCAAGCCAAGCCAGAGAGUCAGAGUACCUCCAGAUUGUCACAGACCGUGGAAACAAGAUUGAGAUUACCCCCAAGCACAUGAUCUACAUCAAUGACCAGCAGUAUCCUGUGGAGGCUGGCCAUGUUAAGGUUGGUGACUUCUUGUCCCUUAUGGAGCCUAGUCAUGCCACCACCACCACCAAGGCAGCCAAAGUGACUGCCAUUACCACUGUCAAGCUCAUGGGGGGCUUCUCUCCUGCCACUGAGGAUGGAACCAUUGUUGUCAAUGGUCUUCUUGCCUCCUCCUACAGCAACCCUCGCUACACUGACAAUGAACAUGUGGUGGUUGCUGGAAAGCCCUUGAUGCACAGGCAGGCAUUCACCCACCUGAUCACCUCUCCCCUGAGGUUGCUCUGUAUCCAUGUCAACAGUGCCUUCUGUGAGGUGGAUAUGGAUGGGGAAGCAUUUUUGCCUUUCUCCAAGGGAGUUGACAAGCUCUAUGUUGCCUCUGCAAAUGCUGGAAUUGUGGAUAGUGUGUUGAUGUUGACAGGCUUUGUAGGAAUGAUGGCCCAUGGAAUUGAGCUUUUCUUCAAGAUGUUUGGCCUUCCCUUGAUGGCCUCUGGAUGUGUUCUUGCCCUUAUCAAUGCUGUGGCGCCCUUCAACUUCAACAUGCAGAUUGUCAACAAGGCCAAGAAGGUUAACUAAUGUGUGUGAAAUCCCUAUAUAAGGUUGUGUCCAUGUGAAAUUGUUGGUGCAUGCGUAUGUGUUCAAGAAGAAGAAAACUCCAUAAAUGACAAGGUCUAUCUGCAAGGCAGCUAUAUUUUAAAAAAAAUAGAAAAAGAAAUUGAAUUUU